UGUGGUGCUUCCACCUUGGUCUCAUCAAUAAGAUCCCGUGUCAGUGCGUUUGGGGGCGAUGUGCGGUCAGGUCUCCUCAUCCGGCCUUCACCUUCUUCUCCAAGUUGACAGCGUGGUUCCCAUCUUCUAGCAGAUCUCCGUGACUCCACAGCCGCAAACUCCGCCGAAGUGGACAAGCAUGGAGCUAGGGGGAGGGCGAGCCAUCGGAUUUGGACCUGCUUGAUUCUUGUUUGCCAUGGGUGACUACACAAUCCGGAUAAGCACCAGCUUGAUCGAGCAGCUCGCGCGAGAUGACGAUAAGCAGGUGAAGAGGAGGACCAGGAAACCCAAGCCGAGGAAGGUCGUGGAGCAACCAGAGGAGCCUCAGGACAAUGGCAGGGAACUUCCAACUGAACCCAAGAGCAGCCCCGCUCCUGUUCUGCCUUUUCCACCACCCAUGUACCUACCAGUGACCCCCGCUCCCCCACCACCGUCUCCGGCGAUCCAGGAGGUGGAAGCCAUACGCACGGUGGUGGCGGAGAGCGAGAAGGUGCUGGAGAAGCUGCAGAAGAAGGAGGCGACGAUGCGCGAGGAGCUCACCAAGAGGGCCAAGGAGCUGCAUGACAAGGAGUUCAAGCUGCCAUACCAGAACCCUGCACCGUGCACCGACGAGAGGGCCGGGUGCGCCGAGUGCUAUAGGAGCAACGUGCAGGACCCGCUCAAGUGCGCCGAGGCGGUCAAGAGGUUCGAGGCGUGCGUUCGCAUGGCGAGGCGGGGCGGUGCCGCCAUGGGAGCUUAGCAAUGGGAGAGGGGUUGCGAGUCGGAGCUGAGUGAGCGAGGUGUCGAGCACACGAUUUUGCUUCUGUCGGGAUGAUUGAUUGAAUAAUCUGCCUGGAUUUUUGUUUGGUGAGACCUGAAACACCAUCAGCUGUAGAUUAAUUCUGGUGAUGCCAUGAGUUUCCUUGAAUUUAGGGUGUGGCUCCAUGUUAAUUGCAUACUACAAAAUGAAACAUGAAUUGUGCUGCAAAAUUUGCAUGGUUCCUUGGAUUUUA